ACCAUGAGACUUCUGCUGCUGGCUCUCCCUGUCCUUGCAUUCCUACCCCAAGUGAUUCCAGCUUAUCGUGGUGAAAAAAAAUGCUGGAACAAAUCAGGACACUGCAGGAGAAACUGUGAAGCAGAAGAAGUGACACAGGAAACCUGUAAAAAUCAUCGCGUCUGCUGCAUUCCACAUCUUAACAAUCAUGACAAAAACAGCAGGUAA